CACAAAAAUGACGUCACUGUAGCAAACAAGAUCAUGUCGCACAGACAGAUUCAAGGCAGAGAAAUGAACGGCCAAGCCGACGUCGACGUUGACUACAAGCGCAAAUACAAAAAUCUCAAACGAAAAUUAAAGUUUCUUGUCUACGAACAGGAAUGCUUUCAGGAGGAGCUGAGAAGAGCGCAGAGAAAACUUCUCAAAGUUUCUCGGGACAAAAGCUUCCUCCUGGACAGACUGCUACAAUAUGAGAGGAUAGAUGAGGACUCAUCAGAUUCAGAUGCAACUGUUUCCUCAGACACCAGUGAAGUAGAAGGCCUCAGGGAAAGGGACAGAGAACGAGAUGGAGCAAAGAAGCGACGGAGUAGUCCUGGAGUGUGUCUGCCUUCAUCCUCAUCAUCUUCCCAUCUUUCCCUUUUGUCCCGUCCUGGUGUACAUCCUCUGCAGUCGUCAGGCUCCGGAUCCUACCUCAACACAAUGCCCUUCCCACCAGAGUAUUUGGCUCCUCCCGCUGAGCGAAUGAAGAAAGAGAGAAAAACAAAGACUGCAAAAAACAAGAGAGAGACACCAGGGAAGGUUGUUGCUGCAAUGAGUUCAAAUUACUCUUCAGCCCCCACGACCACUCCUGUGGCCGGUGGACCCUUUAGCUGGGUUCCUAGACAAAUGCUGAGCGGAGAUGCUGCUGAGGAAGAGGGGGAGAGCGACGCUGACAGCGACAGAGGAGAUGAAGAUAGGGGAGAGGGAGACGAAGCUGAACUUGUCAUUGAUAUCCCUAAUGAGUGAGCAUCUGGUUGUAAGCGGCUAUUCAGAUCCUCAAACACAAGACUGCACGUCCCAGUCCAUGUUUAACUAAAGGCAACCAUAGCUCCCCCUUGUGGUAUUGUGUACAAUUGUAACGUCAUUCCCUCAAAAUGUCAAA